AUGCUCGUUCUCCGCACUCUCCCACUCUUUGUAUUCCUUGGACUCAGCUCCAGCGCGUCUGCUCUCGUCGCCAGCAGCUUUGAACGCCGCGACGGCGCUGUCGUCGGCGCUGCUCACGGUGUCCAUCGUCGCCACGCUCACGCUCCUGUUCUCCCUCGUGCAGCAGCACCUCUUGCUCAACCAGACGCUGCUCCAGCUCCCGUUUCACCUGCUCCUGGCCAUGUCCUGACCCGCAAGUCCAUCGCGGAACGACGUGCUCUCCGUCAAAAAAGAUGUGCCGCCCGUGGAACGCCUUCGUCUAGUGCAAGUCCGAACGUUCCUACAGACGUUCCGGUCAAUGUCGGAAACAACCCGAUUCCCCCACCGCCCGCGCCGACCUCGACGCAGCAAGCACAACCUCAACCUCAACCUCCCUCGAAUUCCGGUGGCGAUACGUUCACAGGCCAACUCACCUUUUACGACAUUGGUCUCGGAGCUUGUGGUUGGACAAACAAUAACGGCGAGAUGGUCGCCGCUGUCAGCCAUCUCUUGUACGACGGUUUUGACGGAUACUGGGGUACCAAUCCAAACAACAACCCAAUCUGUGGCAAAAAGGCCGUCAUUCAUUUUGAAGGUAAAGAAAUCACGGUCACGAUUGUUGACCGCUGCGAGGGAUGCGCGUUGCACGACGUCGACCUUUCUCCGACUGCGUUCAACCUCGUCGCCGAUCCCAACCGUGGCCGUCUUGACGGAGCCACUUGGCACUUUGCCUAA